AUGGUUCUUGGUGAAUUAGGCACUCGAAUUUCAAAUGCUCUGAGAAAACUUCAAAAUGCUACUAUUAUAGACGAAGAAGUCUUAAAAGAAUGUUUACUCUCCCCAUCUUUGAUCGAACGAUAUCAUUGAAAAUCUAAAAUUGAGGAAGUUAAUUCCAUCCUUGUUCGAACGAAAUUCUCAUACUUUAGAAUGAUAACCAUUCCUUUUUAGUCUCAGAAAUAAAAUGGUGAUGUUUAUGGUAGAUAGACUCCGAGGCACACUCCUUAUAGAGCAGGUAUGACCCGUACCGAUGAAGCUGAAAAUAGUGCCUCUGACGCUUUUUUAAAGUAACCCUUUUGGGCUUGGGGAUGCCUGCCGAAGAGGGAAGUUUCGUUUCUCCUCAGAAGAGUUUCCCUGUAUCUGCCAGAUGGACUAAACAGGCUUUGCCUCCUAUUUAUUUUUUGCUUAUUGGGACUAACUGGGUAUCCGCAAAAGGUGGCCCUACCUAGGGAGCUAAUCCUUAGGCUAGGUGAGUUUACGCCGGAGAGGUAAGCUAGUGGUUUGUCCUUUAUGGUCUUAUAAUUUUAGCUUCAACUUACCCAGUCUCAAAUAUAACUAUCCAUCUUUGAUAACGGUGAAUAUUAUUAAUAUAUUUUAUCAUCAUUCCGAUACAAUUGUAAUGCGAUUUACAAUUAUAUUGCAUCGCUAUAGACUUAAAAUAUUUUUUUUGGGAAAAUUUAAUAUAUAAUACUUUCAAAUUUAAUUUUUUAAAAAAAAUAUUUUAACUCCAUCCUUGAUCAAACAAUGGCGAUCUGCUCCGUCAAAGAUGGGGGAAUUGGGAGAAGUAACUAAAGCUCUACUUCAGUCCGAUGUCAAUGUCAAUUAUGUUAAAAGGCUUAGAGAUCAGGUUUUGCUACAAGUUAAUGUAGAAUCAGACGCAGCGGGCACAAAUAAGCGAAAACUAAUCCAGCGUGCAGUUGUGGGCGAGCUUCAAAGUAUGUUGGAGUCAGAAAAGAAGCCUUAUCAGAUGAAAAAAGGAAAAAUCAAUGUAGUUAUGUUUGUCGGUCUCCAGGGUUCAGGUAAAACCACAACUUGUGCCAAAUACGCUUAUAACUACCUCAGAAAAGGCUGGCGAGUUGGACUUGUAUGUGCUGAUACUUUCAGAGCAGGUGCUUUUGAUCAGUUAAAACAAAAUGCAACAAGAAUUAAAGUCCCGUUCUAUGGCUCAUACACAGAAACUGACCCUGUAAAAAUCGCUCAAGAAGGUGUUGAAUAUUUCAGGUCACAGAAUUACGAUCUGAUUAUUGUCGAUACCUCUGGUCGUCAUAGACAGGAAGCUGCAUUAUUCGAAGAAAUGGAGCAAGUAGAAGCUGCAAUUAAUCCUGAUGAAGUUAUUUUUGUUAUGGAUUCAAGUAUUGGGCAAAGUUGUUAUACUUCCUGAAAGCAAUUUCUGACAUUAAUAAAUUUUAUAGGUUAAUUUUAUAUAUAAAAUAGGAAUUUUAAUAUAAAUUUUUUAAAAUUAGCUUUACUGUGAAGUAUAUGACCAAGCAUUAGCUUUCAAAAAAUCAGUCAAAGUCGGAAGUGUCAUUGUCACAAAACUUGACGGCCAUGCCAAAGGUGGAGGAGCUUUAAGUGCUGUUGCAGCUACCGAAUCCCCUAUUAUUUUUAUCGGUACAGGAGAGCAAUUUGAUGAUUUCGAGCAGUUUGAAGCAAAAAGCUUUAUUAGAAGACUUCUUGGACUUGGAGAUAUUGACAGGCUUUUUAGUGUCGUUCAAGAAGCAAUCCCUAAAGAAAAGCAGCCAGAAUUAAUGAAUAAAAUUAGUCAAGGAAAAUUCAGUUUGCGAGACAUGUACGAGCAAUUCCAAACAGUCCUUAAAAUGGGUUCAAUCAGCCAGCUCAUGUCAAUGAUCCCAGGCAUGAAUUCUGGACUAUUAGAAAAAGGCAACGAAAAAGAAGGAAUUGCAAGAAUCAAAAGAUUUAUGUGCAUGAUGGACUCUAUGACUGACGAUGAGCUUGAUGGCAAAUCCUCAAUGGUUCCUUCAAGAAUCACAAGGGUUGCAAGAGGAUCUGGAACCUCGGUCAGAGAAGUCACACUUCUGCUUGAAGAACAUAAAAGAUUUGCAAAAAUGGUGGGCAAAAUGGGGAAAAUGAGCUUAGGCAAGGCCAACGACAUGCAAAACUUCAUGAGAAACCCUCAACAAAUGAUGAGAAAAGUCCAGUCUGCAAUUGACCCAAAAAUGAUGAAACAGCUUGGAGGGACACAAAACAUGAUGCAAAUGAUGAAAGAAAUGAGCAAAAUGGACAUGUCAGAAAUGAUGAGUCAGCUGGGACGUGGCAAAAAGAAGACCAAAAGAUAA